UCUCUUCAUUCCCAGUCGUUCGAAGAGAACAAUGUUCUAGUCAAAACAUGCGCAAGGAGAAUGGAAUAAAAAUAAUUUAUAUGACGCACUGGACAGCAAACUUGGUUUGGUGAAUAACCAUCUUUUAAGCACCUACUCUUCUGCUUAUUGUGAGACCCAAAUUUUCCCUUUAAACGUCCCUGCCCUUUCAAUUGGAAUGCAGAACAAGCCCAACACUCUGUUUGGAUACAGCAAUUUGUGAGCCCUCUGAUUCUUUCUACUGCGCAGCAUAGGAAAAUUUGCUCUGUUUGUAAGUUCAAUGGCAGGAUCAAGAGUAACUGUUGUAAUAUUGAGCGUGGUGGCCCUCAUGGCUGCAAUGGGAGAGCAGGGUGUGAUGGCGCAGUCAAGCUGUACCACCGCCCUUGUGAGCUUAUCGCCGUGUCUCAAUUAUAUCUCGGGAAAUCAGACGACUCCUUCUCAGGGGUGCUGCACUGCCCUCGCUACCGUAGUGAAAAAUAAUCCGUCUUGUCUGUGCCAGCUGCUGAGUGGUAAUAAUCAGUUGGGAAUUGCCAUUAAUCAGACUCGAGCUCUGGCUCUGCCCGCUGAAUGCAAAGUCACCACGCCACCUGUCAGCCAAUGCCAGGGUUCAGGGGCUCCAACAACUUCGCCUUCUCCCACAGUUUCAGGGGUUCCUCCUACUUCCCCUUCUACAAACAGUUCUGGCACUCCAACUACAGAGGCAACUCCGAGUUCGAAUCCCACCCAGAACAAUUCAGCUUCUAACAUAUUUGCAUUCCCUGUUUUUAAGGUUUUAGCAGCCGUGGUAUUAGCUGUAGUUGUGUUGUGAAGAAAUAUGCAUGUUUCAGGCGUGGGAUCAUAACCAGAUAUUAAGAUAGCGUGAUCUAUACUUCUUCAAAAAUCUUUGUAUUUGAUUCCCCUACUUUUGUAACUGAAAA